UCCUCAUUCAUGGAGCCCACCCAGAGUUGUUCACUGGCUGCCGACGCACGACGCAGAAGCCGUCGAGUUCGGGUUCGCAGCCUUCGGAGAUCAGGCAAGAAAGAAGCACCGUCUCCCGCCAUGUCGUCGCCUCCUACGCCCCACGUCCUCCUCGUCUCCGCCCCUCUGCAGGGCCACGUCAAUCCCCUCCUCGUCCUCGGCCGGCGCCUCGCCUCCAGGGGCCUCCUCGUCACCUUCACCACCGCUCCCCACACGGGACUCAAGAAGGUCGGGCACGAGAACGGCGCGGCCCUCGACAGUGUCAGGCGCGGCGCGGUCCGCUUCGAGCACCUAAGUGGCGGCGGCCUGUGGGCCCCGGACGACCCCCGCUACCGCGUCCCCGACGACGUGGCGCGCCACCUCGAAGAUGCGGCCCCGGCAGCGCUAGCGGGGCUCAUCCGCCGCCAGGCCGACGCUGGGCGGCCGGUUUCGUGCAUCGUGGCCAACGCAUUCGCGCCGUGGGCGCUCCGCGCCGCCGGGGCCAUGGGCGUCCCGUGCGCCAUGCUUUGGACGCAGUCCUGCGCCGUCCUGUCGCUGUACUACCACUACUUCCACUUACUCGCGGCCUUCACCUCGGAAGAAGCCGAGGCGGACACGCAAGUCUCUGUUCCCGGGCUGCCACCGCUGGCCGCCGGCGACCUCCCGUCCCUGAUUCAUGCGCCCGAGGAUUACAUCUGGCGCCAAACGCUCGUCGCGGACAUCCGCAGCCUCCGUGAGACGGCGUCUUGGGUUCUUGUCAACACAUUCGACGAGCUCGAGCACGCAGCCAUCGAGGCGCUUCGUGCGCACCUGCCGGUCGUGUCGAUUGGUCCGCUGUUCGAGACGGAGAACGACGCUGGCCACGACGAAUGCACGGCGUGGCUCGACGCGCAGACGACGCGAUCGGUGGUGUUCGUGGCGUUCGGGAGCGUCCUGAAGCUUAGUCGCGACGAGAUGGCAGAUCUGUCAGAGGGCCUCGCGGACACGGGGCGACCGUUCCUUUGGGUCGUCCGCGAUGACAGCCGCGAUCUCCUGCCGGACAACGCGCUCGCCGCCGCGACCAGCGGCGGGGGCAGGGUGGUGUCCUGGUGCAAGCAGCGGCGCGUGCUCUCGCACCGCGCCGUCGGGUGCUUCGUGACGCACUGCGGGUGGAACUCGACCACCGAGGCGCUCGUGGCCGGCGUGCCGGUCGUCGCGUACCCGGCGUGGUCCGACCAGCGCACCAACGCCGCGUUCCUGGUGGACGUGUACGGCGUCGGGGUCCGGCUAGUCCCGACACCCCCGACGCGCGAUGCCGUGCGCCGGUGCGUUGAGGAGGUCAUGAGCGGGGCCCCGGAGGCGGAGGUGAUGCGGGCGAGAGCCGAGGAAUGGAAGGCCAAGGCGAGCGCCGCGGUGGCCGACGGCGGGUCGUCGGACAGGGGCACCCGAGAUUUCGUUGACGCUGUACUGUCCAUUGGAGCUGGUAACUGAUGGACACGGAUCCUCUGUAUUAAUGAUGAUUAAUGCAGAGAAUUACUGUUUGUAGAGUAAUAUGAGUCUGUUACUACAGUCAUCAACAUUAAUUAAACGUUGUUUACU